AUGGACUCCGACGACGACCUCCAACUCCCGCCGCCGCGGCCCGCCAUCAACCUGUCCGACUCGGACGAUGACUUGCCGCCGCCCGCGGGGCUGGCGCCGAAGCGGCGGGCGCCGCCGCCCGUGAGGCCGGCCGGAGGAGCUGCGCUGCUUUCGCCGAAUAACAAAGCCAGCACCGUCCAUCGCGGCGAGCUCGCCAGCUCGCCGCCUGUGUCUCCCCCCGCGGCUCUUGCGGCACCGAAGGGCGCGAGCCACGCGGAUCCGCAGCAACAGCUGCCACCUUUGCCGUUCACCGCUGACGCAAAGACGAGGGUUAACCCUGCCAAGGUGUACAAGGAGGGCUUCUUGUUUAAGCAGCAGCCAAGCUGGCCGUACAGCAACCAGAAGCGGUACUGUGUGCUAAAGAACUGUAGGCUUUACUACUUUGACUCGCAGGAAAGCAUGAAGGAGGGCAAGCCGCAGGGUGUGAUUGACCUCACCAACGCGAAGCUGACGGAUCCCGGGAGCGAGGCCAAGCUACCGUCGAACUUUGGGAUCCACGUGGCGAGCGAGAGGCAGGCGGACGGGGGAGGCAGCGGCAGCAACAAGAAAGAGCGGACGUUCAUUUUCUCCGUCGUGCACGUCCACGAGCUGGGCGAGUGGAAGGCGGCUGUUCAGGCCGUUGUGGGCGACACCGAGGAGGAUGAAGGGGCGCACUGGUUUGAGAAGAUGGUGCAGGGGGUUUACUAG